UCGGCGCGACGGCGGGGAGGGAGGGGGGAGGAGCGGCUCUGACGUACAGGUAACUGCGCCCCUGCCGGGCGCGCUGCGCCCACCGGCCCAAACCCCCUUUCUCUUGCUUCACCGCGCGCACUUGUGAAACAGGGGUUUUGCGAGUGCCUCUGCCCUGUCCGCGCUUCUGCCACAUGUCCGCGUGAGUCUCCCACGUCCUGUCCCGGCCCGGUCAGUUUCGGGACGCCCGUGGGGCCGAGAUUGUCUGCCCCUGAGCCCGGCACCUGCUGCUGUCUCCGGAAACAGAUCGGGAGCUCAAGGACGCAGGUGUCCAGUUUCCCUUGACCUUGAGGACCCAGGAAGGUGCGCAACCACCUGGGGUGGGUACGGAGCGAGGGGAACCCGACCCCCUCUCUGCACUACGUCCGCCUCUGAGGGCAGCAGGAAGGAGGAUUUUCAAUUGCACUAGACCUAGAAGCAGUUAGACCAGGCUCUCCUUCCGGAGUAGUGAACAGGCGCGGGAACGUGGAUCUAUACCCGCACGUCCAUGGCAGCGUUGCCUCUUACAGCCUUCGGUUAGUUCACAGAUUUUACAUCUUUCCUAAACAUCUCACCCGAAACUGCCAGCUUCCGACCCCGAUUACCCCUGUGCUCACGUCCACGUGGUCGCCAAGGUUAUGCGCACCAUGGCUAUGACUAGUGUCGGACUGCCCGCCCGUGUUUUAAGAAAAGCGCGUGCCUGGAUUGGACUCUGGGGAGCAGUACGAGGGACACCUUCACACAAGUGCUGUGCUUCCUGGAAUCGAUACUUGUAUUUUUCUAGUACCAAAUUAAAUGCAUCAAAUUAUAAAACACUUUUCCAUAACAUUUUCUCACCGAGACUCCCAGGGCUUUUACUGUCUCCAGAAUAUAUUUUCCCAUUUUCUGUAAGACUCAAAAGUAACAUAAGCUCUAAAAAAUCCACUAAAAAGACUCUGCAAAAAGUUGAAGACGAAGAGGACUCUGAUGAAGAGAGUGAUCGUAAUGAGAUGAGCGAGCAGGAAGAGGAGCUCGACGAUGACCCCAGUGUGGUCAAAGACUAUAAAGACCUGGAAAAAGUAGUGCAGUCUUUUCGAUAUGAUGUCAUUCUCAAGACAGGCCUAGAUGUUGGAAGAAACAAAGUGGAAGAUGCAUUCUACAAAGGUGAACUCAGGCUGAAUGGGGAAAAAUUAUGGAAGAAAAGCAGAACGGUGAAAGUGGGAGAUACACUGGAUCUUCUUAUUGGAGAAGAUAAAGAAACAGAAACAGAAAUAGUGAUGCGGAUUCUCCUGAAAAAAGUGUUUGAAGAGAAGACUGAAAGUGAAAAAUACAGAGUGGUCUUACGACGUUGGAAAAAGUUAAAACUGCCUAAAAAGAGUGCAGUUAAAUAAAUGAUUUUUUUUUUUUAAGUCAUAAAGCUACUGUCUUAACGGUGGGGAAAGGAACUAGCUCAGAAAACAGACAUUUUUAUUAAAAUAAAGUUCUCCUACCAUUUGUGGAAUCUACUGGGCUAUCUUGUGG